AUGGCUACUGCAAUGGUAGGAACGCUUACUGCAUUUGACAGUCAGACCCAGACUUGGGAGGAAUACGUCGAAGUGUUGGGACAUUUUUUUGUGGCGAAUGGGAUCACAGAUGAGGGAAAGAAGCGGGCGAUAUUGUUAAGCUCUGUUGGCAGUCGGACGUACAGUUUAAUGAGGAACUUAUUGAGCCCACACAAGCCUGGCGAAAAGUCAUAUAAGGAUUUGACGGAUCUGCUUCAGUCACAUUAUAACCCGAAGCCCAGCGAAAUAGUCCAAAGAUUUAAAUUCAAUUCGAGGACUAGGGCGACAACUGAAACCGUGACUGAGUAUGUGGCAGUGCUACGUGAGCUAGCUCAACAUUGCAACUAUGGUGAUAAGUUGAUGGAGAUGUUACGCGACCGGCUCGUGUGUGGCGUUGCAGAUGAUCGCAUGCAGAGGAGAUUGUUGGCGGAGCCUGAGCUCACAUUUGAGAAGGCCUUGAAAGUUGCACUGGCCAUGGAAACGGCGAAUAGAGAUGUGCGUGAUCUGCAACUGAAAACACUGGAGGGCACCGUGAGUAAAUCAGCACCCCAACUGCUAGUGCAUAAUGUGGAGUCACACUAUAAAGGACAAGGAAAAGCAACACCGUUCACGUGUUACAGGUGUGGGGGUGAACACAUGGCGAAAGACUGUCGAUUUAUCAAUGAAAAGUGCCAUGCCUGUGGUAAAAAAGGACAUGUAAAGAGGGUAUGCAAAUCCUCGCCACCUGCAGGCCAGCAGCUUAAGGGUGGAGGGAAGCACAAGCAGUUUGAAAAAAGUUUCAGGAAUGAUAAAAAGCAGUCUGCGCAUCACAUUAGCGAAUCCCCGGAAAGUGUCACCAGUGAUGAAGAGGUGUUUACGAUUUACAAGCUAACAGAGCCAAAAAUAACAAAAGUAGACCCCAUGGUUGCACAGCUUAACAUCAAUAAGAACAUUGUUGAAUUUGAGGUGGAUACUGGCUGUAGUGUGACGAUUUUAUCAAAGACAGAAUAUGCUAAGUUACGAACAGCAGGGGGCACACAACAGUUGCAGGACUGCUCAAUGACUUUGAAAACCUAUACGGGUGAAAAAGUACCAACACUGGGGGCGGCAGAUGUUACUGUAAGGUACAAGGGCCAAGUCAAACAGCUGCCAGUAGUGGUCGUAGCAGGCCCAGGACCAAACCUGUUAGGCAGGGCAUGGAUAAAGGCGCUGGGAAUGAACUGUGUUCUUAUAAACAAGAUGGAGCAGCAAGAGCUGACAUUGCAAUGUGUGCUUCAGCAGAAGGAAGAGGUUUUCAAGGAGGAACUGGGAACCUGGAGAGGUCCGCCAGCGAAAAUCUACGUCAAAGAGGGCGUGGCUCCAAAGUUCUAUAAACCCAGGCCAGUACCCUAUGCUAUGAGGAAGAGGGUGGAGAUAGAGUUAGAGAGACUCUCAAACCAGGGAAUUAUCGAGCCAGUGAAAUUCUCAGAGUGGGCAGCACCGAUCGUGCCAGUGUUAAAACCUGAUAAUUCGGUGCGCAUUUGUGGAGACUACAAGCUCACUGUCAACCAGGUGUCCAAACUCGAGCAGUAUCCAAUACCAAAAUUGGAGGACUUGUUUGAGAAGUUGUCAGGUGGCGAAAAGUUCAGUAAACUGGACCUGAGCCAUGCGUAUCAGCAGGUGAUACUUGAUGAGGCAUCCAAGCCAUAUGUCACUAUUAAUACGCAUAAAGGUCUGUUUCAGGUGAAUCGUCUUCCAUUUGGGGUCUCCUCCAGUCCAGCCAUUUUUCAACGAAUGAUGGAGAGUCUGGUGGCUGGUAUCCCGAACGUAGCUGUGUAUUUGGACGAUAUUCUGCUGACUGGCCAGAGUGACCAAGACCACUUGGCAACGCUGAAUGAGGUGUUAACACGGCUGCAGGAAGCUGGUCUUCGUCUAAAGCGCAGCAAAUGUGCGUUCAUGGAACAGGAAGCCGAGUUCCUUGGACACAAGGUGGAUGCCAAUGGACUUCAUCCUUUGCCACACAAGGUCAGGGCAAUACAAGAUGCACCAGCACCGUCUAAUGUCACAGAACUUCGGGCCUACCUAGGACUGCUCAACUACUACAACAGGUUCCUGCCAAACCUGUCGACAUUGUUAUCGCCUUUGCAUGAACUGUUAAGGAAGGAAACCGCAUGGAAAUGGGAGGCAGGACAAGAGAGAGCUUUUGAGGAGUCCAAGCGACUCAUGCAGUCGUCUGAUGUGUUAGUGCAUUAUGACAGCCAAAAAGACCUGAUCCUGUCUUGCGAUGCAUCUCCUUAUGGAGUGGGUGUGGUGUUGUCGCAUCGCAUGCCAAAUGGACAAGAGAGACCGAUCAGCUUUAUGUCUAGGACACUAACAUCUGCUGAAUCAAACUACUCACAACUGGACAAAGAAGGUCUGGCGGUGAUAUUUGGCAUUCAGCGGUUCCAUAAAUAUUUAUAUGGAAGAAAGUUCGUAAUUUGCACUGACCACAAACCUUUACUGUCUCUUUUCAAUGAGAUGAAGGCAGUGCCUCAAAUGGCCUCCCCUCGUAUACAGCGGUGGGCAGUAACUCUGAGAGCGUAUGAGUACGAGAUUGUUUACAAGCCAGGAAAACACCACAGCAAUGCAGAUGCGUUGAGUCGACUCCCUCUGCCUCAACAGUCUGUAAAGAGAGAGCAAGAGGACCGAGUGCUGAUGAUGGAGAAUGUGACCCUCGUCUCGGCAGCAGAAAUGAGUAGAUGGACAAGCAGAGACCCUGUGUUGUCCAGGGUGACACAGUUCAUCCACCAUGGUUGGCCGCCACAAGACCGAGACCCAGCUUUCCAACCAUAUGCUGUUAGGCAAACCGAGUUAAGUGUGCAAGAUGGAUGUGUCCUGUGGGGCUCACGUGUAGUGGUGCCGCCGCCGGGAAGGGACACUUUGUUACAGCAACUACAUCAUGGUCACAUCGGCAUCACUAGAAUGAAAGCUUUAGCGCGAAGCUACUUCUGGUGGCCAAAGUUGGAUGCCGACAUUGAAGCUGUUGUUAAAAGAUGUGUCGCAUGCCAAGAACACCGUAACUCACCAGCUCCCGCACCACUCCAUCCCUGGGAGUGGCCGAGCAAACCAUGGCAAAGGUUACACAUUGACUAUGCAGGACCUUUUAUGGGACACAUGUUUUUGAUUGUGAUGGACGCUCAUUCCAAAUGGAUGGAUGUUUAUCCUGUAACGACCUCAACCUCAGCCAGCACGAUUGAAUGUCUAAGAAAGAGUUUUAGUAAUCAAGGACUACCAGAGACAGUUGUGUCCGAUAAUGGCUCGUGUUUUGUGAGUGCGGAGUUCAGAGAAUUCAUGCAGAAAAAUGGAAUCGAACACAUCACUUCAGCUCCUUAUCAUGCUUCCUCCAAUGGUUGUGCUGAGCGCGCAGUCCAGACAUUCAAGUCAAUGAUGAAGAAGGCAGGUGAGGGAAGCCUGACCACUAAAGUGUCAAGAGUGCUGUUUAGCUACCGCAUCACACCACAGUCCACCACUGGGCUGUCACCGGCGGAGAUGUUGCAAGGGAGAAAAUUAAGAUCAACGUUAGACCUUAUCCAUCCGGACCGCAGAAUGAGAGUGGAACGGAAACAGAACAUUCAAAAGAAACAUCAUGACAAGCAAGUGGCAGGGAGACAAUUCCAGGAGGGAGAUGCAGUGAUCACAAGGAAUUUUAGUCAUGGACCUAAGUGGAUUCCCGGGUUCAUUACCAAGAUAACUGGUCCUGUCUCCUACAAGGUCAUGCUUGGUGAUGGCAGCAUUGUGCGCAGGCACGUCGACCAGAUUUUGGCCAGGGUGGAGGACAAGGACUGGGAACCAAAGAUCAUGGACACCCCGGGGCCGGCUGAAUCUCCAGCAGCAGCUAUGGCGGCUUCAAAGAGUUCCAUUCCUGAGGGAAACUGUGGUGUUCCAGAAGCAAGCACUCAAGAUGUGGCUGAACCGACUUCAGAAAAUGCCGAACCAUCAGUUAGGGACAUUCAACCUCCAGGAUAUUACAAUGCGGCUCUCCUGGGCGACUCAAUCCAGUUGGCAACUUUGCACUCCGAAAGAAAGUCCUCCACGAACAUCUCAUCACCAUACGGACUGUGCCUGCUGCUGCUUCUGCUGUUGCCACUGCUGUACCCGACGCUGCUACCACUGACUCCGGUGGGUGGCCCUGGGGAGGGUCAACUGGUCUACCUCCGGGAUUUUAAUGUGAGGGGUCGACAUAAAAUUCAGGACCUGUGGAGCCCAGUGGUGUAUCAGGUCGUAAAACCCCCCCCUGACGGGAGAGGGGUGUACACGAUUGCACCAACUGGCUUAUUGGCAGAGGAGAUUCUUGUUGCAGGGGAAGAUGAGGUAGAUGGUGACUUGGCCCUCUUGGUCCCUGCGUCUGCCCAACACCCCCAAGAAGGACCUGCACCUAUGGCCGUCUGCUCUCUUCCAGUUCCUGAGCAUACCCUCGGCCCUGUUGCACCUCCUGUCCCACUAGAAUUGUGCCUGCCAAGCACGAGCAUGCCAGUGAUGCCAUUAGCUCCCCCAUCGGAAAACCUGCCUGGAGCUGAGGGCCUAACGUGGGGAGGGCAGCUGUUCCUCUGA